AUGUUAAUCAACGCUAUCUCAUCAUUGUUCAGUGCCUCCUCAUCAAAGAUGACAAAUUCAGUCUCAAGUGGAAAGGGUUCAUUUGGAUCACAAUCAGCCAACCAAAUAUCGCUUGCAAUUACCUCUGCUACCAAUGCCAAUAUCUCUACAAUUGCUGAAUUACAGCCCAACAAUCAAAAAAAAGAAAAAGAAAAGAAACAUAACUAUCUUUAUUUAUUUAUUCUACUCUUCGAAUUCAUGAAUCACAAUAACAGUAGUAAUAAUAUAUUUAAUGAAUCAUCACUAAAUUAUUCACCUUCUAGUUCACAAUUCAAUACCUCAGCGAUAUUAGAAGCGCUAUCGAAUAGCACAAACGACAACACUAUUGGUGCAGGUGGAGGUUCUGGUAGUACUAAAAGAUACAGCAUCGACAAUAAUAAUAGUAAUAACAACAACAACAACAACAGUAAUAACAACAGUAACAACAGUAAUAAUAAUAGUGUAAAUUCACCAACAUUUGUUGGUAUAAAACCAAAAGGAACAUCAUCAUCUUCUUCUUGUUCUUCGAAUCAUUCUUCACUUAAUUUAACUCAACAACAACAGCAAACUCAACAAACUCAAAAUUCUCAAAACUCUCAAGCAACACAACAACAGAAUAGUAGUAAUAAUAGCAAUAAUACAGGAGGUGGUAGUGUAUUGAGUAUAAUUACCAAUAGUAUUGUUAGUGGAAUUUCAGGUGUAACCGGUGGAUCCAGAGGAGGUUCGAAAAAUCAAAAGUAUCAACCUCAAUCGCUCGAUAUCAGCAUGGACACCAGUAUAAACUCGCGUGACGAUGAUAUUGAACCACUGCUAGACAGUCACAACAGUCACAAUGCAUCCACACUGUUCGCACCACACAGCACAGAGAUGGACGACGAUUACGAUCCAAGCUCACCACUGAAUCCAAAGGAUUUCAAGAGAAUAUUUCACCAGAAUCUUGCACGACAUUCACCUAAACGAUUUGUUCAUCAUUUCCCACUUUGGUUAGAAGAGAAAUUUAGAAGUUUCGACGAUCCAAUCAUUGCACUCUGCCAAAAAAAUACAAGCAAACCCUUUUAUUAUUUUAGUUUAUUCAUUACCUCAAUUGUAGCAAUAGAAAUAGCAAUAGCAUUACCAUUUGUACUUUUCAUUCUUGGACAAGAUGCUCUUGCCACAGAAUUUACAUAUUUAGCUUUAUUAUUAGCUUUACUCUCACAAGUUCCAAAACGAUUCCUUUGGAGAUUCAGACCAUAUAUGGUUCAAAGAGCCAAAACAUGCAAAAAAGAUCAAACAUCAUCAUUUCCAUCUAGAGCAGUGACAUGUUCAGUGGUGUAUAGCUAUGCGAUUGUAUGGGCGGUGUUAUACUAUCAUCCAGGUCCUCUGUUUCAAUGGUGGAUGCCAUUUUUAUUUUUAACGAUGAUUCUUUUGUCUUCGUUUGCGCGUAUCAACCUCGGUGUUCACUAUCCAUCGGAUUGCGUUGGUGGUGUCAUCCAAGGCACGUUGGUUUGUCUUAUUGGAACCGGUCUGAGAAGUCUCGAUAUUCUUGGUUGCAAAUCGUGUUGGGACGGCGGUUGCUAUGCCACAAGCUCAACUUGUUCCAUCUCGUUUGGAACACUCGACCGAUUGAACUUUAUCAUGCUUUCCAUUCUUUUAUUACUAUGUAUAUUCGUCCCAGUCAUAACCGUAAUGAAACCAGUCGAUUUUUGGUCAAAAUGUGAUCGUGUCUAUGGUAUGUUAUUCCCAUCAAUGGUUUUCCAAUUAUUAUUUUUGUGUCCAAGAUCCUAUUCAUUGGCAGGUAGUUUACCAGUUCCACCGAGACCACAUUGGUAUUCAUUUGUAUUUGGUAUUUCAUUAUCAUUACUGGCAACUGUAUUUGCAUCAAAAGCUAAACUAAAACAUCCUUUAAUUACAUUUUGGGUAAUAUUUUUAGUUUUAACAGAGUUUGGUGGUGUUGAGGCUGCAGUAACACCUACUGUUGUUCCAGGCGAAGACUGGUCUAUACCUAGCUAUGUAACACCUGCACCAAACAGUGGUUUCUUUUCGGAGCAGGCAACACCUUCGUUGCAGGUCAAUGUACCGGUCUUUGAUAUCUCAUGGCGAAUGGUCGAACCUCAGCAAGGUGUCUUCAAAUACGACAUAUCCGGUGUCGUCAAAGGAAUGUCAUUCGACACAUUCACCCAACAAAACACAACAUUAAAGGAUAAACCAUUUUGGUUUAGACUUUGGAAUUCUGGUGAAACCUGGGCACCUGAUUGGAUUAAAUCCUAUUGUAAUGUAGGAGUAAUCGGUAAAGACUAUGAUAAUGAUUAUCAUUUGCCAAUCUGGAAUUCAUGUGUUUGGAGUGAAAUUAAAAAAGUUUAUCGUCAGUUAUUUUUGGUAAAUGGAAUGAGAUCAGAUCCAAGAUUAAAGUUUGUUUAUAUUCCAGGUGCUUUCAAUUGGUGUGAAUUUGAUUUCGAUAUUAUUGGAAACUAUUCUAAAGUUACUGGGUAUCAAUAUAAAGAUUUCAAUAUAUGGUUUCAAUCGGCAAUGCAAGAUUUAGUUAAUAUCUUCAAUGGUGAGAAUAAUGAUCCCUCCGAUGACUAUGCUUAUAAAUUGGUUUACACUGGUGAAGAUUUCCCAUUCGAUGUCGAUUUCUGGCCAAAUGAUCGUAAUUUCUUGGCAAGAGAUGCAGUCUCCAAGGGAAUGGGAAUUCGUACAGGUAUCACUGAACUUUCAAAUUUCCAUCUCUCAGAGAUUCCCGCCUAUGGCUAUACUAUUGAUGCCAACGGUUAUUUAGUAGAGAAUUCUAGUUGGCCACUAAUAAACAAUCCAAAUCGAGUUGUUGCCACUGAGAAUGAGUGUUAUAACGCGUGUGGCUACACCGUCAGCAGUGCGAACCUUUUUUAUUCGAUCAAGAUGUCCAACUUAAAAGCGAUCCAGAUGGGAGUUAAUUGGCUUUAUGUUGUCGCAAAAGAUAGCUAUCUCAAACAGUUUUGGCCACAUUGGAAUUGGGUUUUAAACUCCAUUGGUAGAAGUCAAUCUACUGCUUUCGAGGCUUGGGCAGCACUCAGAAAUGCACAAGAUACCUUUUGGGUAGACAGCGAUUAUCCACUCGAUUGGAUUGGAAAACCAUACGUAAAGAACUACGAGCGUUAUUUAACACAGCGUGAUGUGGCUGGUGGUGCCAUUACAGUGCCAGGAUCGACUACCUACUCCAAAAUUCUCGAUCCAUCCAAUGGAAUUGCCAACGAAGGUAGAAAGACACAGCUUUCCAAUGGUAACAAUAGUAUGGUGUUUUAUAUCGAUAAUAAAUUCAUUGAUCCUAGCUCAUCCACUCCAAUACCUGUUGAGAUCAAAGUGACAUACCUAGAUAACAAGCCAACCACUUGGGUAUUGUCAUACAUCGACAAUACCAAUACUCUGGCAACAACCAAUGCAGUGACACAACUAGGAACAUCAAACAACUUGACAACAGCAACAUUUGUUAUCAAUAAUGCACUAUUCAAAGACAAUGUUGCACCGGGUAACAGUGACUUCAAAAUAGUUGUAACAGGUCAAAACGAUGUUGAGAUUUGGUUUGUCAGAGUAAUUAAGACUCUGCAACAACCUUCAGUAACCACUUCAACAACUUCAACAACCUCUGCAACAACAACUACAACUGCCCCGACAACCACAACAGCAACAACUACAACUACCCCGACAACCACAACAGGAACAACUACUACCACAGGAACCUCUACUACAGGAAGGAUUUAG